GAUGGCGACCUUCGGGAGAGAUCCCCAGUUGCCGAAGCCUUCCUGUCUCCAGGGAGCCGUGAGCAGUUCACGAACUGGAGCCCAGUCGAAACUGCUGCACUCAGAAAAGGAACGUCAGUUUCUCUGGUCUCCUUUUCCCAUGGGGCAGAGACCUAAAAAUACUUUCCGCAAAACCUCCUCCGACCUACUGCAGCAGCUCAUUCACUGCUAUCAAGAGUCGGACGUGGACAGAGAUUACGAUGACCAGGAAGAGGGCGAGGGCGAGGGCAAAGUGGAGUUCGAGGAGUCUUCAGAGUCCGAAAUGCUGAAGUUUGAGGGAGAAUUUGAUGGGGUCCUGAGACAGGAGGUCGUGGCUGAGAAACUCUACAAACUGGGGCGCUCAGGCUCUGGGACUGAGCAGGUCUACCUCAGUCUGACUUUAUCGGGUCUUGAUUUAAUUGACAUUAGCAUCCUCUGUGGAUACAUUCACCUGCAGAAGUUGGAUCUUUCAGUAAAUAAAAUUGAAGAUUUGUCUUGUGUGAGCUGUAUGCCUUAUCUUCUAGAACUUAAUGCUUCUCAGAAUAAACUGACGACAUUCUUCAAUUUCAAGCCACCCAAAAAUCUCAAGAAGGUGGAUUUUUCCUACAACCAGAUUUCAGAAAUGUGUGAUUUGUCGGCAUAUGAGUCUCUCACGAAACUAAUUUUGGACAGCAAUGAGAUAGCUGAAAUCAACGGACUAGAGCUGUGUAGCAGUCUUACCCACCUUAGUUUGGCCAAGAACAAGAUCACAACCAUUAAUGGCUUAGGAAUGUUACCUAUCAAAAUACUUUGUCUGAGCAAUAACCAGAUUGAGAAGAUCACAGGUUUGGAUGACCUAAGGGUCCUGCAGAUCCUGGAUCUGAGCCACAAUCAGAUCAGUAGCCUCCAAGGCUUGGAGAGUCAUGACUUCUUGGAAGUGAUCAACCUUGAGGAUAAUAAGAUUGCUGAGCUGGGUGAAAUAGAAUACAUUGAAAACCUACGUCUCCUUCGAGUUCUCAAUCUUCUAAGAAAUCCAAUUCGGGAAGAAUCUGACUAUUGUUCCUUCGUAAUUUUUAUGCUACUUCGAUUAACAGAAUUAGAUCAGAAGAAGAUAAGAGUGGAAGAAAAGGUCGCGGCAGUGAACAAAUACAACCCUCCCCCAGAAGUGGCCGCAGCCCAAGAUCACAUGACCCAUGUUUUCAACAGCCUGAUGCAGCCACAGAGGAUCUUUGACAGCACCCUUCCUAGUCUGGAUGCCCCUUAUCCCAUGUUGGUAUUAGCUGGUCCUCAAGCAUGUGGUAAACAAGAACUCGCUCACCGCCUCUGCAGACAGUUCAGCACUUACUUCAGAUACGGGGCCUGUCACACCACAAGACGGCCGUACUUUGGAGAAGGGGAGCGGGUUGAUUAUCAUUUUAUCUCUCAAGAAGUUUUUGAUGAAAUGCUAAACAUGGGGAAAUUUAUUCUAACCUUUAAUUAUGGUAAUCACAAGUAUGGAUUAAGUAGGGACACCAUAGAAGAUAUCGCAAGAGAUGGUUUAGCAAGCUGUGUUCAUAUGGAAAUAGAAGGUGUAAGAAGUUUAAAACAUUCCUAUUUUGAGCCUCGAUACAUCCUGGUGGUACCCAUGGACAAGAAAAAAUAUGAGGGCUACUUGAGGAGAAAAGGAUUAUUCAGUCGUAUAGAGAUUGAAUUUGCUGUCUCCAGAGUAGACCUUUAUAUUAAAAUUCAUCAGAAAUAUCCAGGAUAUUUUGAUGCAGUAAUCAAUGCAGAUGAUCUGGAUGUUGCCUACCAAACUCUGAGUCAGCUCAUUAGAGAAUACCUUGGAUUGUUGGAGGCAACUGCCAAGAGUUUGGCUCCAACCACAGCAGAUAUUAAGAAACCUCAGCUGAAACCUGAAAAGACUUCGAAGAAGUUUAGAGCUUCGAGUGAAUUUGAGUCCCUGGAUUUUGCAGACAGAAACUACUUUGUGAAAUUAUGGGCCAAACUUUCAGGCAAAAACAUACCAGCGGAAAGAGAGUCUAUGGCGAGACAGUAUGAGACAGCCCGGCAGGCUCUAAUGGGAAAGACACCUCCUCAUCACACAUCCCUGUUUCAAAGGGGUCUAGUACCAGCACCCGUCAUCGACAGUCUACCUAGUUUUACAGCUUUAGAACUAAAGAAAAGUUUCGAGCUUUAUGGAGGUUACUUUAAAACUCCCUUUGGACCUUCUGAAAAGAGUGGCAUGGAUUCCAGUGAUUCCAUGAAAUACUCUGCAUUAUUUGAAUCUUGUCCAUGGUCAAAAGACUUGCCUUUUCGGCCUCCGGAAGACAGAAUUUAUUCACACCCAGAAUCAACAAUAGGUGAUAUUGAGGAUCAGGCCCUAAAAGCACUACAUAAACAGGUAUUUCCAUGUGGAAAAGGGUCUCUCCAACACAGAAGACAGACGAUCUCAAGCAUCAGUCGCCCAGGUUCCAACACCAAACCCACCCUCCCUCCGAUCCCUCAGGGCCGCAAGUAGACCCAUACCUGACAUUUGAUCUUAACAUGGAAAACUUGCUCUGAUCAUGUCCAGUCCCUUUGUCUCCCCUGGCCAUGGAUCCUGGCUAUUCCUCACUCAACCAACUACCUACAAAAGAAUGCUCUAUAUGCCUUAAUUCUCUCAGUUUCUUUUGUGAUUCUCUGAAUAGUGUCUAUCUUUUUUAAAAUGUAAGUUAUUCUUAGCUUUUAUAAAUGGAAUUUCAGUUUUUCCCACAGCUAUGAAUGAAUUUUCUAGCUGUUUCCUGCUCUGAAAUAUCAGAUGGCAAAAUCUCCCAAGAUCUCUGCCUUGCUACAUGCAUAGUGAUUGUGGGAUAAAGACAAUGAAGAUUGUGCUCUUAAAAUUUCAAUGCGUCCAUUUAUAGCAUUAGUGUAUACUUUACAGGAUUGAAAUAUUUUGUUCUUCUCAUUAUGAAAAAAUUAUGGAGUUCCAUUUAACUUCUGACCAACAUGAUACCUCAAAUUCCUUUAGCAAUAUGAAGAAAUAAAUCAGGUAUUUCUUUUAUUUCACCCUUUUUUGACUCUGAUUAUGAAAGGUUUAUAAGCAAUUUUCAUUGUCUUUGUGGUUUCACUUCCUGCCAUCUGCAGAAGAAAAAUUGAGCAGUUAUAGGCGAGGCUGGUAUUCGGCUGAUUUGUGUGAACGAGACUAUGCUGGUUGUUAAAACACUGAAAUGCACCCGUUUGGAUGGGUAAAUGGUCUUUCCUCUGAAUCCUCUGUGCAUGGUGAUUCAUGGGACCAAGAGCCUUCCCAUAGUACGGCACUAAUUGUUAAAUAUUUUAAAUAUCAAAAUCCUCUAAUGCUUUCCUUUUUAAAAAAUAUCAAAACCUCCUUUGAUAAUCCCCUUCCCCGUAACUCAAAUUUGGAUGUAACACGAUUUGCUGUUGGCUCCUAUCUUCCACCUAGCCCUGUUCUCAACAGGAGCUGGUUAAAGUUCUUUUCCUGGAGUGGGUAGGAGAGGCUGGGAGGGGGAAUGUGGAGGAGAGUACAAGGCUGAGCCGGAGAAGGGAGGCAAUGCUCUCUGGAAAAGUAGGGGUGCAGAGAGUGGGUCGCUGUGCCCCAAGGAUUCACCAGCAUCAUCUAAUCUUUUUAAAAGUUAUUAUAAAAUAUUUUAGACACAAGGGAAGAUAUAAAAAUAAUAGUUUCAAUUUCAAACAAUAUGGAAGAGAUGCUUUUAAAAUACAAUUUCUCCUACUAAGCACAGCUAAAAGCAUAGAAAUUAUAUAUAAAACAAAGGUAAGAUUGAGAGUUAGAAGGAAGAAGGCAGACCACCUGAGGACCCUGGGACCUGAGUAAUGACAUAAUGGUAAUUUCCCUGGGUCUCCUUUUGCCUUAGUUAUCCUAAACUGGGUGCUGGAGAAGCUAAAACCCCAAAACACUAAUGAUACAGACAACAAAAUUUCCAACAAAGAGCCUGCUCCUUCUAGCUAAAAGACUAGGAAAGGAGCAGACUAGCAACACAGAAACCUUUUAGACAAGGACUGCUUUACUCCAGCUAAAUACUGUGAGUAAAAUUCUGGCCCCAUCCUUUUUCUCACCCUUGUUAGCAAAGGCUUCCACACUUUUCUAGCUGUAACAAUGUUCCCCUUCUCUUCCCUGAUGUGAUAGUAUCAGGGAAAUUUUUGUGGAGAGCCAGGAUGUUUACCACCACCCAGUGUUAAUAAGAACCCCCUCUCAGAGUAUCAUUGAAGGCUACUUAGGGACCUAGACUGCCAUUCCUCACCUGGUAGUAAUGACGCACCUUUUCCCCUUCCCAUCAGGUGGUGUCAGAGGUCUUGUGGAGGUCCAGCACCUUCACCACUGACCUAUCUCCUUGCAGUGUCAAUGGAGGCCAUGUGAGGACCUAAACUUCCACACCCACUCAGCAUUAAUACAGCAUCAUUCCCACUUUUCCCAUCCUAAGUGUCAAGAGAGGCCAAGUGGAGAACUUAGACUUCUACCUCCACCUGGCAGUAAUGACUCAGUGCUCUCUCCCCAACUGGCAUGGUGUCAGAGAAGGUCAACUAAACAGAAGGUUUAAAUAAGAUCCAGAGUCUCAUAUUAUCCAAAAUGUCUAAGGUAUAAUAAUUAAAAAAUACUUAUCAAGAAUAAGGAAAACCUUAACUUAAAUGAGAAAAGUCAAUCAACAUAUGCCAACACAGAGGAGAAACAGAUCUUGGAAUUAUCUGACAAGGAUUUUAAAGCAGCUGUGAUGAAGAUGUUUCAACAAGCAAUUAUGCACAUGACUGAAACAACUGAAAAAGAGACACAAUCUUAGCAAAGAAAUAGUCUUGAAAAGAAAUAGAAGAUAUAAAGAAGAAACAAAUGGAACUUUUAGAACUGAAAUUGAAAUAACUGAAAUUUUAAAACUUACUGGAUGGACUCAACAGUAAAAUGGAGAGGACAGAAGAAAAAAAUCAGUGAACUCGAAGACAGAGCAAUUUUAGUUACCUAAUCUGAACAACAGAGAGACAAUAGACUGAAAAAUAAAAUGAGCUCCAAGGACAUGUAGGACUAUAUGAAAAGAUCUAAUGCUUAUGUCAUUAGAGAUCCAGAAGAACAAAAAAGAGUAUGGGGCUAAAAAAUUAUUACUGAAAAUUGCCCCAAUUUUGCAAAAGCCAAAACCCUACAAAUUCAAGAAGAUGAUGAAUCCCAGACAGGAAAAACCCAAAUAAAUCUGCAACAAGACACAUAAUCAAACUUUGUCAAAAAGACAAAGAAAAAUAUCUCAAAGCAGCAAGAGAGAAACAAUAUCUUAAUUAUAAGGAAAAAACAAAUCAAGUGAUAGCAUAUUUCUCAUCAGAAACUAUAGUACUGCCAGAAACCACAGAAAUGGAACAACAUUUUCUAGUCCUAAGAGAAAAAACCUGUCAAUCUGGAAUUCUCUAUUCAGUAAAAAUGUCCUUCAGGAAUGAAGGAGGAAAUCAAGACAUUCUCAGGUGAAGGAAAACUAAGAGACUAUAUUGACAGCAGACCUAGCCUAAAAGAAUGGCCAAAAGAAAAAAAAAUUCUUGAAACAGAAUGAAAAUGAUAAAAGAAGGUAAUUUGAAACAUAAAGAAAAAAGAACAGUGGAAAUAGUGAAAAUAUGGAUAAAUACAAUAGAAGUUCCUCCUCAUCUUGAGUUCUCUAAAUUAUGUUUGAUGGUUGAGCAAAAAUUAUAACGUUGUCUGAUGUGGUUCUUGAUAUAUGUAGAAGGUAUAUAUAAUUUAAGGCAAUUAUAAACAGGAGUAAAGGGACUUAAAAGGAGGUAAGCUUUCUACAUUUCACUCAAACGGUUAAAAUGUCAACACCGGGAGACAGUGAUAAGUCAUAUAUGAAUAAUAUAAUACCUAGGAUACCACUAAAAAAGCUACUUUGUGAGAUACACUCAAGAGCACUAUAGAUAAAUAAAAAUGGAAUUUUAAAAAUGUUCAAGUGACACGUAGGAAGUCAGGAAAUAGAAAACAGAGAACCUAAAAACUAAACAAAAUACCAAAAGCAGCCUUAAGCUCUACCAUACCAACAGUUACAUUAGAGUAAAUGGUCUAGAGACACCAAUUAAAAGGCAGAGGUUGGCAGAGGGGAUUAAAAAAACAUGACCAAGUUAUAUCAUUUCUACAAGAAAUUCACUUGAAACUUAACAACAUAGGUUGAAAAUAAAAGAAUGGAAAAGUGUUUGCAUAUAUCAUGCAACCAUUAUCAGAAGAAAGGAAGAGUGGUAAUAUUUGUAUCAGAUAAAGUAGGCUUCAGAGAAAAAAAAA